AUGGACAAGCCCCAUGGUCCAGAGGUCAAGUUCAGGCUGGACACGAGCACAGCCCUUCCUGCAUCCAGCACUCUGGCCAGAGGACAGUGGUCCAGUAAAACUGAGUUCCUCUUGGCUGUCGCAGGACAAAUCAUAGGUCUGGGAAACGUGUGGAGGUUUCCUUACUUGUGCUACAAAAAUGGAGGAGGGGUGUUCUUCAUCCCUUAUGUGCUCUUCUUGUUUACCUGUGGCAUCCCCCUGUUUAUGCUGGAAACCUCUCUCGGCCAGUACACCAAACAGGGAAGUAUUACCUGCUGGAAGAAAAUAUGUCCCCUGUUUGAAGGGCUGGGUUAUGGAAGUCAGGUGGUUGUUUUAUAUUCCAGUAUCUACUACAUCAUCAUAUUGGCAUGGGCUUUCAUGUAUCUCUUCUCUUCUUUUAACUCUGAACUUCCCUGGGCAAACUGCAGAAACAGCUGGAACACAGAUUCCUGUGUGGAGUUCGAUCGAAUGGCUAAUUCUUACAACUGGACAGGGGCAGAAAAUGUGACAUCACCAGUGACAGAGUUUUGGGAGAGAAGAGUUUUGAAUGUCACAGGAACUGUCCAUGAAUUAGGAGGAUUACGAUGGGAGCUGGUUCUUUGUCUUCUGUUGUCCUGGACCAUUUGUUACUUUUGUGUCUGGAGAGGAGUAAAGUCCACUGGGAAGGUUGUUUACUUUACUGCUACAUUUCCAUAUGUGAUGCUGGUGGUGUUGCUUGUUCGUGGACUUACAUUACCUGGGGCCAUAAAUGGGAUCAAGUUCUACCUCUAUCCUGAUCCAUCUCGCCUUGCUGAUCCCCAGGUGUGGAUGGAUGCUGGCACGCAAAUAUUUUAUUCCUAUGCUAUUUGCAUUGGGUGUCUAAUUGCACUUGGUAGUUAUAAUAAGUACAACAAUAACUGUUACAAGGACUGUGUGUACUUGUGUCUUCUAAACAGUGGCACCAGUUUUUUUGCUGGUUUUGCCAUCUUCUCUGCACUUGGAUUUAUGGCAUAUGAACAGAACGUAGACAUAUCAAAAGUGGCAGAGUCAGGUCCUGGUUUGGCGUUCAUUGCCUAUCCUCGAGCAGUAGCCAUGAUGCCUCUUCCUCAGCUCUGGGCGAUUUUCUUUUUCAUUAUGAUCAUCCUCCUGGGACUGGACAGUCAGUUUGUAGGUCUGGAAGCUUUUACAACAGCAAUUUCUGACAUGAAUCCUUCCUUCUUCCACAUUGGCCAUCGACGUAAAAUUCUUCUGCUUGCCAUCUGUGUUGCCAGUUUCUUCAUUGGCCUUGUUAUGGUCACAGAAGGUGGACUAUACGUCUUCCAGUUGUUUGACUACUAUGCCUGCAGUGGGAUGACUCUACUUCUAUUUGCUAUACUGCAGUCUGUCUGUGUUGGAUGGGUCUAUGGCGCAGACCGACUUUAUGAAAACAUAGAGGACAUGAUUGGAUAUAAGCCUUUACCCCUGAUUAAAUAUUGUUUGAAAUAUAUCACUCCAGUAAUAUGCAUGGGAACAUUUAUUUUCUCUUUGGUCAAAUACACUCCUCUGAAGUUCAACAACGAGAUGAACUAUCCAUGGUCGGGUUAUGCUUUGGGCUGGUGGUUCACACUCAUGGUUCCCCUCUGGAUGCUGUACAAUCUGAGUGUCACUCCUGGUACACUACAACAGAGGAUUUCCAUCUUAUGCACUCCAGCUGAUGACCUUCCUAUGACCAAACCAGAGAAGAAAGCCCUUGAGCGGCUCGACUUGACCUCAAUGUUCUAGUGAGAGUAUAAAGACUGGAGUGGCACUUUAAGAUUUAAUUUGCAACCCCUUGUGUGGAGACCAAAGCUCCCGGUUUCACUGCACUACAAGAAUGGCGUCAAAUCUUAUAUAUUGUCUCUUCAUCAAGCACUGUAGAGUUUGAAUGCUGACUAAGCAAAUAUAUUUUAAAGAAUAAGCCAAUCUAAGCUCAGAGGUCCACUUGAUUGUUUUUGUCUUGAUUUUUAAGCUUUCAGAUGCAUCUUAAGGUCUUUGUUACCUAAUUUAUAUUAGUGAUUUAUAUAAAGUACUGAUUCCUUUUCAAUAAUCAAUUAAUUGUUUUGUUUAGACAAAAAGAUCACAGUUUCUCCAAGCCUGAGGUGACGUCUUCAGAUGUCUUGGUUUGUCCAACUAGUAAACAGCUUGUUUUUUUGUUUGAUAAAUGACCCAUACAAUACACAGUAGUUGCUGAUUAGUAUUCUGUCAAACAACUAACUCAAUAAUCACUUAGUUGUUUCAGGUCUAUUUGUAAGUGGUCCUUAAAACUUAGAUUAUCUUAAUGUCCCAGAGUACUGCUACUGUAAAAAUGUAUACAGCUCACAAAGGCAGUAAACUAUUACAGCUUUCAGAAAUGGUCAUUCCAUUGGUCAGUCCAACUGUGAUGAAGGAAAUACCAAAUGGAGAAGAGAAACAGUGUGAACCUGUUGGCUGUAACAGCCAGACGCACAAAAUGUAUAUUUUACCAGAGUUGUAUAGGUUGUAUUUUUACUGUAGUUUCAGCUUUAAACUUGAUUAAACCUAGUUUUUAUACAGA